CUUAAUGGGCCUAAAACUACAACCCAAAAUCCUCAUAUAUUCGGAACCAUCUUCUUCUUCUUCUCCAAGAAACGAAUAUAAAGUGCCUUCCCAGCUCUGGCAAUUCACACUACUGCAUUUCGGGAAGCUCAUUUCACAAGUAAUUUUGAGUUUGCUCACCAGGAUUGGUAAUAGUUUGUCGAGAAAUCAAUGGGUGAUAGUCAGUAUUCUUUCUCCCUCACCACUUUCAGCCCUUCAGGAAAACUUGUUCAAAUCGAACAUGCUCUUACUGCAGUUGGAUCUGGGCAAACUUCUUUGGGAAUUAAAGCUUCUAAUGGCGUUGUUAUUGCAACUGAGAAGAAACUGCCAUCGAUUUUGGUUGAUGAAGCAUCAGUGCAGAAAAUUCAGACUUUGACUCCAAAUAUUGGAGUUGUAUACAGUGGCAUGGGCCCUGAUUCUCGAGUAUUGGUUCGAAAAAGUAGAAAACAGGCGGAGCAAUAUUAUCGUCUCUAUAAAGAACCAAUUCCCGUGACUCAAUUGGUGAGGGAAACUGCUACUGUUAUGCAGGAAUUCACUCAGUCAGGUGGUGUGAGGCCCUUUGGUGUGUCACUUUUGGUUGCUGGAUAUGACGACAAGGGCCCUCAGCUAUAUCAGGUCGAUCCUUCAGGUUCAUACUUCUCUUGGAAAGCUUCAGCCAUGGGAAAGAAUGUUUCCAAUGCAAAGACAUUUCUGGAGAAGAGGUAUACUGAGGAGAUGGAACUUGACGAUGCUGUUCAUACAGCGAUUCUGACAUUGAAGGAGGGAUUCGAAGGACAAAUUUCUGGCAAAAAUAUCGAGAUUGGCAUGAUUGGCAACGACAGAAUAUUCAAGGUUUUGAGCCCAUCUGAAGUGGAGGAUUACUUGCAAGAGGCGGAAUAGUCGACUUCUAGCUUCACUCUUCCAACUAUUAUUAUGUGUUGCCUUUUGCUCCUGGCUAGAUAACUUCACCUCUCUUUCUCCAGUAUUGUAUUUCAAUCAAAGAUUUUAGAUUUGUGCCAACUGAAAUUUGUAUCGACUUCUGAUUUCGAUUACUUUUUUAGCUCUA